AUGGAUGUCACUUUACCUCGACCGUUCAAAUGCGCUACGUGUAAAAAGGGGUUCACGCGCCAGGAGAACCUGAAGCGCCAUGUCAAUACGCACCACAAGGGACGGAAUGCACCUGUGUUUCCAUGCUCUCAAUGUAAUGCCAAGUUCGCGCGUAGCGACUUGAGGAAACGCCAUGUUGAAAAUUGCCACGUCUCGACCUCCGCGUCGCCUUCGAAAACAGCUCCCCCGCCUUCCCUGACACCGACGGUCGGAGAUUCUCCAAGCACAGCAGCAUGGCUGGAUGUACUGCUAACGCAUCCCCCGCAACCUCAAGGCGACAUGCUUGAGCCGAUGCAACAGAUCAGCCAGAGCUAUGAACAGACAUCACCGGCUGAAAUCCGUUGCGUCGAGAGCUUCUUCGAAGGCUUCCACCGCAACUUCCCGAUACUCCACGAGGCCUCUUUUCACAUUGUGUCGACCCAGGUACCGCUCCUGAAUGUCAUCACUUGUAUAGGCAGUCUUUAUUGCGAAUCGACUGUAGAUGAAGCGACCCGCAAGGCAGUCUUUGAGUCGACGUUGUCUUCGCUGCAGCAAUAUGUGGAACAAAACCGAUCGAGAUAUCAAGAAACAUGGGUUUUGCAGACUUUCCUCCUCCUCGAGUUCCUCGGUAUUUACGGCGGCAACGACACGAGCUUCCUCAAAGCGCAACGAAUACACCGCGACCUGAUCGAUGCCAUUCGACUACUCCAGAUGUCGCAAGAUAGUUCGAUCGAAUCUCUUUCCAUGACCUCGGGAGAAGAUAGCGGCUACGGUGAAGAGGGUGACGAGGACGACAUGCAAGAGCCUGUGAGUGCGGAAGCUCUCAACGAGCAGUGGCAAGACUUCAUACGAAAGGAGUCAAAAAAGCGUUGCGUGUACAUGCUUUAUCUCCUGGAUUCCCAGCUCGCGAUUCUCUGCAAUCUCCGACCGAUGCUAUCAUCUCUCGAGAUCAAGUACGACCUUCCAUGCUGCGAAGACAUAUGGUUAGCGCGCUCAGACAGAGAUUGGUUCGAGAAGAGGCGACAGCGCUUCAAGUCUUUUGACGAACCCGACGAUCAAGCCUACGCGCAUGAGACGCCUCCAAGUCAGGGCUUCUUCUACGAAGCGUCUCAGACCCUACUUCACGCCAAUCGAAACGACGACAGCCAGAGGGGGCCCGGAGAGAAACACAAGCCGAAGAAACUGAGAUUGCUAUGGGCAUCUCCAUUCGCUGCCGUCAUCUUGGUGACGCAACUACAGAUGAUGGCUCGCGAGCUUACCCAUGCCAGUUGUCUGCUAGAGCGCCCCAAAGCUCAACGGCGCGCCCUGUCUAUAUUGACCGAUAAACAACACGCGCAAAUCUCCCAAGCCCUCAAAAGUAUUGCCGAGUUGGUACCGCGAAGUCAGAAGCCAGUCUUCAGCUUCUUCGACUUUGGCCGUAUGGAUGUUCUGUCGGAUAGCCAUGAUGACCAAACGCCUCUGUGGCACACCUUCUGGAUAUUGUGGUAUUACACGUCUAUCACUCUAUCGCAUCCAGACUCUCUGCUGGUUAGUGGAGUAGUAGAGUCUAACCUGCCGUUGGCUAUUGCUACUGCCGGUCACUUGGCAACCCCAAGAAGUAAAGACAAGCGGGACAUCUAUGAGGAUCGUGACGUGUUCAGAAUACUCAAUGAUCUUGAAAUGGCUCUCGAUCUUCUAAAUCCGAUCAAGUCUACUGCCCCUCCUGCCCUCGAGAACCCCUUCAUAACACUCCUCGGCUUCAAGAUCUGCCUCGUAGGCUGGCGUCUAGUCCGUCUGACAAUGCCAGCCGCACAACGCAGUAACGACAACAGCGGAGGCAUGAUGCUGGGUAACAGCAAUAAUGGAAGGUCAAACCCAAGUCGCUUUGUGCUGGACGCCAUCAUGGCUUGCGUUGGAACUGGAGGAGACGAUGAUGCAGAGAAUGCUGCGGCCGCGCUAGCUAUGCUGGACAGACCUGUUGAUCUUGCGAGGAGCGAAGUGCGCUUUUUGGAAUGGAUUGUGGCGAACUUUACGAAGCGAACGACAUGGCCAGUCGGAAGCUGGGUUGCGGCGGUCAUGCAUGAGAGUCUAGCAAAAGCGAGGGAGGCGUACGCAGCGCCAAUGAGUGAAUGA